AUAUCAUCCUCUUCUACUUUUCUCACUUUGAUGAUUUUGGUAACUAGAUCUUAUAUCUAACUUGAUGAAAUAAUCAUACAAAGUCUAAAUUUUCGGAAAGGGUUGUGGAGUGUACCUUGGUUCAGGAUUUGAUAGUCAAUACAUAUUUGGAGGCCCCUGUCCUUUUUCUUCUAAAAUAGGAUGGGCUGGACGUCCGUUCUUUCUUUUGGAAUGAGAUAGGGCCUGUAUAGAGCCUUGAACUAAACCUUUGUAACAAGCAGCUCGUCUAUUUUUCAGUGUACAUGGCAGAAUAGUAUUUUCACUCCUUAGGUUGUUUAAGGAUAGUUGGGUGGUUCUAUGAUUGGUGGCAGUUAUUACUACAUCUUGUGAAUGUCCCUUUCAUAAAGGCACAUUAAGUUAUCCUCAUCCAUUCAUAUUAUAACAAAGUUAGUGUCUCCAUUCUAGGUUCCUAACUGGUCAUUCACCUUUUUUGUUAUUCUAACAAUGGUGAUAGGGGUUUCCGUUUCCCAAAAAAAAAACAAAAACAAAAAAAAAAAGAAAAAGAAAAGAAGGAAAAGAAAAAAAGAAAAGGCGAUGGGGCCUUCAAGUUCAGAACUUACAUUAGCGUGUAUCUUUCUCUUACUUUAAAUCCUAGCCGAUGGUCCUCUGAUUCAAUAAUGAAGUUGUGGGUUCCAAUCACCUGUUAAAUUAAUCUUAGUGCUCUUUUCAAAUUUCUCGUGACCUCUAGCAUAAAAAUACUCGAGUCCCCUCUAUGGAAGAUGCUUAGCCCCAUCAAUUUUCCCAUUUAGGGCUGACAAGAAUUUACUGCACGUAUGUUAGGGGCAACCUAGUAACUUGAAGAAGCAAGAAAAAGCCAGCUAUAUCCACAAGUAGUGUAGAAGAUGGAUUUAGAGUUGUCUCAUGGAAAAUGUGAAGCAAUAUGGAUAAAAAACCUAUACUGAAUUAAAAAUAAGUCAAAAGGAACCAGUGAUGAGUUUGUUUUUUUUAUAACCCUAUCAUAGUUAUAGAUAACGUUCCCAAGAUCAUGACUGAUUGAAAUAAGGUUGAGAUAGACCAAAGUAAAGCUCAUUUAUCUCACCUACAUGCCCACUUGCCCACAAAGAUGUAGCAUGUAGAUAUCUUCUCCAGCUUUGCCAAGGAUUGUUGAUGAUAUGAAGGCCAAGCUGGGUUUUAUCAAUAUCUUGGUCACUGCCGAAGAGGAAAAGAACAAAAAUUUACAUCGGGAGGAAAGAUUUCAUAUGAUAAAGUUCCAUGUGGCUUCUUGGUCUGCUCUUUCCAAAGAUUUUUGCAAUUGCUCGUUUUAUGAGAUGGCCCUUGUUAAACAGAACACCGAAGGAUGCAUGAAAUGCAUGCUCAUUAGCAUUUAAUGAUUUCAUGGACAACUCUAGUAAUAAAGCUAGAUCAUGCUGCCAGGUUGGUGACCGAUUGACCAGUGAUGUUGUUGUGAGGCUUAGAACAAAAGAUGGUCGAGAUGAAUGGUUAUAUUGUCACUCCCAUAUCCUAACUGAACAGAGCAAGUAUUUUGCUGAUCGUCUUUCAGAGAAUUGGCCAACAUGCCAGAUUCUCGACUCGCGAAACUGUGUUGAUGUCUUUUGUCUAGAAUCAACCUUUGAUUACCAUGUAAAUCUUCUGCGUCUUCUCUAUGUCAUUAAGGAUAUCCCAACUGAUGACUUAUGGAAUGAUGUUCGAACUGUUCUUGGCAUCCUCCGUGUGGCUUUCGAGCUUGAGUGCAAAAAUAUUAUUAGUGCUUGUGUGAAUUACUUGGAAGCAGUACCAUGGGAGGAGGAUGAGGAAGAGGAAAUUUUGAAGGUUAUACCUCAUAUGGGAUCAGAAGUUGAGCCAAUUCUUGCUCGUCUUCAACCAGUCAAUUCAUCUCUUGUUAGACAAAUAUUUCUUUCUGCUCUUCGAUUGGCUACAUCAUCCCCCUUUUCUAACAUAAAUGAUAUCAAGCCUUCUGCCCAGGAACAACUCGAGUACAUGCUAACUGAAGAUGAUGAUGCUCCACUAUUGAUGGCUGAUGCUGAAAUAAAAUUGGAGAUAAAUGAAUGUGUGAAGAGUCUAUUACAAACUUUUAACAAUGUUAUAGACAUUGUACUUGAUCCUUUACACUCGGAUGGGAAGGCAAGGAACAUGCAAGUUUUCAUUUUUUGUUUGACAGAUUUAGCUUGGACGUGUCGAAUUUUGAAAAGGUUAGAAACUAUGAAGGAGUUCGUCUCUAAUUGGAUUGAUGCAUCAGAUAAGAUUGUCAGGGUUGUUGAGCAAGCGAGUGUAGCAUCAGAAGUUAUUGAUACAAGGAUAGGGAUUAUUGAAGUGGUAGCAAAGGUUUUAGAGGCAAUUAAACAUGGCUCAGUGAUUCUCCCAAUGCCAAAACGGCUUCACAUGGUUAAGGUUUGGCUUCCUUUUGUAAGGACAACCAAAUCCUUGAUCGAUAGUCUUGCUAACAAGGGUGUUGACGAUUUGAAACAUAAAAUUGACAGUGAUAUUUGGGAGUUGCUAGAGUCGGCAUUUGUUUCGAUCAUCCUUGCAUUACCAUCAGGGGAGCAAGCAGAGAUUAUAACCGAAUGGUUACAGAAUCAACAUGUUAUUCGUUAUCCUGAUCUAACAGAGGCAUUUGAAGUGUGGUGUCGCAGGUCGAAAGUGGCGAAGAGGAGGCUAUCCCUGGUGGGGGAUAACCCUGGUACAACAGCGGCAAGCUUCCAGCCCUCGGCUUGAACUCGAAUGGUCUGUAAUUAUAUUGUGAAUCAUCCUUCUACCCACAGUUGUUAGAGCAUGGGUUGGAAGCAUUAUUUUGUGGAGGUUUCUGGGUUAGACUCUCCUUUUGUUUUAUUGUAAAAUUUUAGUCUUAGCUGUUGCAAAUAGUAAGUUGGAGGCAUUGUGCAUUUGUCAAAUUGAAAAAAAGGGAGAAAAAGGAAAAAAGAGGGAAAAAGUGGUAGUGAAGAAGUCAGCUAGCUUCAUAUAGCCACUGAUAUCAAAGUGUAUUUAUAAUGUAGCUCUCACUGGAAGGUGCAAUUCUAUAUUGUAGUUUGGCCGGCAAUUCUGUUGGGUAAUGGCUGA